AUGUACUUUGCCGAGCAUCGAUUCUUAGGGGACAUAACCAAACUCCCUACUAACGAACACAAUCCAGCCGGCUCAGCCGUAGCGGAUGCACCAGCUCUCACGCUCGAGAAUGGACUUGUUCUUACCUAUGGGGAGAUUAACGGAUUCGCUGGCGACUAUUUCGGCUUCGAAGAACCCAUAUCCUCAGAGAGCAGUGUGACCGAGAGAAAAGCCAGGUUUCAACGCUGGUUCGACCUGCUCGGGGUUGCUCCUGGUGGUAAACUCAAAGCCGAAGCUCUGCGGUCGGAGCUGAAGCUUGUGAACGACCAAGCGGACAGCGUUUUACGAUCUCCCACUGGUGGUACUGCUCAUGAGCUCGCAGUAGUAUACGAGAAGACCCCACUGGAUAUUCGACAUCUAGAUACCAUCUCUAAGGAUCCUAGGUGGGGGCCGAACGGCGCCCAAUUCAUGCGGCUUCUAGAAACGAACGUAGACCAUUUCGGUGCCGAGGCGCGCAUUGCAUACAAUACCGGUCAUACGCUUGCUCUAGAAUGGGCCAGUAAAGGGCAAUUCCAGAAGGCCCUGGCUAUCAACGGGUUUGCCGACCACUUCCUCGAGGAUUCUUUUGCCGCGGGCCAUUUGCGAGUCCCCAGAGCAUUAAUCAUGGAAGUUAGCAAGUCGGCUGCUGCUUACGUUGACAAAGUUGUAAACGCAUAUGCGAAUGUGAUGCACGAGGAAGAGGUCCACGACGCAAACUACUAG